AGGUAAAGUAGGGAACGUCGAGGUGGCGGGCAACGAUGCCCGGUCUGGAUGGGGCACCGUACACUCUGACGCGGCGCCCGUCGAGGAGUGGCGCCACGACGUUCUCCACAGAGGUUUUCGACAAUGAGGUUGUUCCGUCUGCUCUCGCUUCCAUUUCUCCGAUUCUCCGAGUCGCCAAUGAGAUCGAAAGCGAACGCCCUAGGGUUGCUUAUCUAUGUCGGUUCUAUGCUUUCGAGAAGGCGCACCGGUUGGAUCAGAGCUCCAGCGGACGUGGUGUGAGGCAGUUUAAGACGCUGCUGUUGCAGCGAUUGGAGAGGGACAAUGCACACAGUCUUGCCCUUCGAGUUAAGAAAACAGAUGCAAGGGAAAUCCAGGCUUAUUAUCAGCAAUACUAUGAGCAUUAUGUCAGAGCUCUUGACCAAGGAGAACGGGCAGACAGAGCACAGCUCGGGAAAGCUUACCAGACCGCCGGGGUGCUUUUUGAAGUUCUUUGUGCCGUUAACAAGACCGAGAAGGUCGAAGAAGUAGCUCCUGAGAUCAUUGCUGCUGCAAGAGAUGUCCAGGAAAAGACGGAGAUAUAUGCACCUUUCAACAUUCUUCCGUUGGACUCAGCAGGGGCUUCUCAGCCUAUCAUGCAGCUUGAAGAGAUUAAGGCAGCUGUUUCGGCGUUCUUGAAUACUCAUGGCCUGAAUUGGCCAACUUUAUUUGAGCAACAAAGGCAGAGAAAUGGUGAUUUGGAUCUGCUUGAGUGGCUUAGAGCCAUGUUUGGAUUCCAGAGGGACAACGUCAGGAACCAGAGAGAGCAUUUAAUUCUACUUCUUGCUAAUGCUCACAUAAGGCUAAACCCCAAACCUGAGACCCUUAACAAGCUUGAUGAUCGCGCCAUUGAUGCAGUGAUGAAUAAACUGUUUAAGAAUUACAAAACGUGGUGCAAAUUUUUGGGACGAAGACAUAGCUUACGAUACCCUCAAGGUCGUCAAGAGAUACAACAAAGGAAGUUACUUUAUAUGGGCUUGUAUCUUCUCAUAUGGGGUGAAGCAUCCAAUGUUCGCUUCAUGCCAGAAUGUCUUUGCUACAUAUUUCAUAAUAUGGCGUAUGAACUUCAUGGUUUAUUGGCUGGAAAUGUCAGCAUUGUUACUGGUGAAAACAUCAAACCUUCUUAUGGUGGUGGUGAUGAGGCAUUCUUGCGCAAGGUUAUAACUCCUAUAUACCGAGUAAUAGAAAAGGAAGCUAAGAAGAGCAGACAUGGAGCAGCCCCUCACUCAGCCUGGUGCAACUAUGAUGACCUAAAUGAAUAUUUCUGGUCACCUGAUUGCUUUUCUCUGGGAUGGCCCAUGCGAGAUGAUGGUGAAUUUUUUAGAUCAACAUUUAAUAUGACACAGGGAAGAAAGGGUGUUCAAAAAACAUCUGGAAGAACUGGCAAAACAAAUUUUGUUGAGACCCGAUCAUUCUGGAACAUCUUCCGCAGCUUUGAUCGUCUUUGGACCUUCUAUCUUCUAGUUUUGCAGAUGAUGUUCAUUAUUGCCUGGGAAGGGAUUUCAUUAUUGGAUAUCUUUCAGAAAGAGGUCUUAUAUAAGCUCUCUAGCAUAUUCAUUACAGCAGCCGUUCUACGCUUACUUCAAAGUAUCUUGGACCUGGCUUUGAACUUUCCAGGCUAUCAUCGUUGGAGAUUCACUGAUGUCCUACGAAGUUGUCUCAAAGUCGUUGUUAGCCUUUUCUGGGUUAUUGCUCUUCCACUCUUCUAUGUGCAUUCCUUCAAGGAUGCCCCUAACUUUAUGAAGGAUAUGCUUUCUUUUCUUCAUAGUAUAAAGGGGAUUCCACCAUUGUAUAUGUUUGCAGUUGCAGUUUAUCUGCUUCCAAAUUUACUAGCAGCUGUUCUCUUUCUUUUUCCAAUGCUUAGGCGUUGGAUUGAAAACUCAGACUGGCACAUAGUUAGAUUUCUCUUAUGGUGGUCACAGCCAAGAAUAUAUGUGGGAAGAGGAAUGCAUGAGAGUCAAUUUUCUCUUCUAAAAUACACUCUUUUUUGGGUGAUUCUUUUGGCUGCCAAAUUUUCAUUCAGCUUUUUUAUAGAGAUCAAACCUCUGGUUCAGCCAACUAAGGACAUAAUGAGUAUUCGGCAUGUUGAUUAUGCCUGGCAUGAAUUUUUCCCUGAAGCUCAAAAUAACUAUGGUGCAGUUAUUGCUCUAUGGGCCCCUGUACUUAUGGUUUAUUUCAUGGACACUCAAAUUUGGUAUUCCAUCUUUUCAACUAUUUGCGGUGGUGUUAUUGGAGCCUUUGAUCGUCUAGGAGAGAUACGCACUCUGACCAUGCUGAGAUCGCGGUUCCAAUCAUUACCUGGUGCAUUCAACGCAUACUUGGUUCCUACUGACAAGAAGCAGAAGAAGAAAUUUUCUUUAUCGAAGCGAUUUGACGAGAUUUCUGCAAGCAGAAGGAGUGAAGCAGCUAAAUUUGCUCAGUUAUGGAAUGAAGUUAUCUGUAGUUUCCGUGAGGAAGAUAUCAUAAGUGACAGGGAGAUGGAUCUUUUGAUGGUUCCAUACUCAUCAGAUCCAAGCUUGAAAACAAUUCAGUGGCCACCUUUUCUGCUAGCAAGCAAGAUUCCUAUAGCACUGGACAUGGCAGCUCAAUUUCGAGGAAAGGACUUCGAUCUUUGGAAGCGCAUAUGUGCAGAUGAAUAUAUGAAGUGUGCUGUAAUUGAAUGCUAUGAAUCAUUUAAAAACAUCCUGCAUGCUUUGAUAGUAGGAGAAGCUGAAACGAGGACAAUCUCUGUCAUCAUUAAGGAAGUUGAAAACAGCAUCUAUAAGAAUACACUUCUCACAAAUUUCCGAAUGGGGUUUUUGCCUUCCCUUUGUAAGAAGUUUGUGGAGCUUGUGGAAAUCUUGAAAGAUGCAGAUGCAUCUAAACAAGGUACAGUGGUGGUCUUAUUGCAAGACAUGUUAGAAGUUUUUAUACGUGAUAUGGUCGUAAAUGAGAACAGUGAAUUGGCAGAACUUUACCAUAGUAGUAAGGAUACUGGACGCCAACUUUUUGCCGGUACAGAUGCAAAACCAGCUGUAUUAUUCCCUCCUGUAGUUACAGCACAAUGGGACGAACAGAUUAGACGUCUUUAUUUACUUUUGACGGUGAAGGAAUCUGCCAUUGAGGUUCCAACAAAUCUUGAAGCACGCAGAAGGAUUGCAUUCUUCACCAAUUCAUUGUUCAUGGAUAUGCCACGUGCUCCACGAGUCCGAAAAAUGCUAUCCUUCAGUGUCUUAACUCCAUACUACAGUGAAGAGACUGUCUACUCGAAGAAUGAUCUUGAGGUUGAAAAUGAAGAUGGCGUGUCAAUCAUAUAUUACCUGCAAAAGAUCUACCCUGAUGAGUGGAACAACUUCAUGGAACGUCUUGGUUGUAAGAAAGAUAGUGAGAUAUGGGAGAAAGAUGAACACAUAUUACAGCUACGUCACUGGGCCUCGUUACGAGGACAAACUCUUAGCAGGACAGUUAGGGGAAUGAUGUACUACCGGCGGGCUAUUAAGCUUCAGGCUUUUCUUGAUAUGGCAAAUGAAAAGGAGAUACUUGAUGGCUAUAAAGCUGUUACUGUCCCGUCCGAGGAAGAUAGAAGGAGCCAUAGGUCCUUAUAUGCUAGUUUAGAGGCCGUUGCAGACAUGAAAUUUACAUACGUCGCAACCUGUCAGAACUAUGGGAAUCAGAAGCGUAAUGGAGAUCGCCGUGCGACAGACAUUCUGAAUUUGAUGGUUAACAAUCCCUCACUUCGUGUGGCUUAUAUUGAUGAAGUUGAAGAAAGAGAGGGAGGGAGAGUUCAGAAAGUUUAUUACUCUGUACUAAUCAAAGCUGUGGACAAUCUUGACCAAGAAAUAUUUCGAAUAAAACUACCGGGUCCAGCAAAGAUAGGGGAAGGGAAGCCUGAAAAUCAAAAUCAUGCCAUCAUUUUUACAAGAGGCGAAGCUCUUCAGACUAUUGACAUGAACCAGGAUAAUUACUUGGAAGAAGCUUUAAAAAUGCGCAAUCUUUUGGAAGAGUUUAAUGAAGAUCAUGGGGUGCGACGACCUACAAUAUUAGGUGUACGUGAACACAUCUUUACUGGCAGUGUCUCUUCCUUGGCUUGGUUUAUGUCAAAUCAAGAAACAAGCUUUGUCACAAUUGGUCAAAGAGUUCUUGCAAGACCACUGAAGGUGCGAUUCCACUACGGUCAUCCAGAUGUUUUUGAUAGAAUUUUCCACAUAACUCGAGGAGGAUUUAGCAAGGCUUCUUGUGGAAUCAAUUUGAGCGAGGAUAUUUUUGCUGGAUUCAACUCCAUACUAAGACGCGGAAAUAUCACUCAUCAUGAAUACAUCCAAUGCGGAAAGGGUAGAGAUGUUGGGCUCAAUCAAAUCUCACUUUUUGAAGCAAAAGUGGCUUGUGGUAACGGAGAACAGACAUUAAGCAGAGAUAUCUACAGACUGGGACAUCGUUUUGACUUUUUCCGCAUGCUAUCAUGCUAUUUCACGACCAUUGGAUUUUAUAUAAGUUCAAUGAUUGUGGUCCUCACAUGUUAUGCAUUACUAUAUGGAAAACUAUACCUGUCUUUGAGUGGAUUUGAGGCUGAAAUAGUAAAGUUGGCCAAGAGAAGGGGAAAUGAACCGCUAAAGGCAGCAUUAGCUUCCCAGUCCCUUGUUCAAAUAGGAAUCGUAAUGACUUUGCCCAUGUUCAUGGAAAUUGGACUAGAGAGAGGGUUCAGAACUGCUAUAGGGGAUCUCAUAAUAAUGCAGUUGCAGCUAGCACCUGUUUUCUUCACUUUCUCCCUAGGGACAAAGCUGCACUAUUUUGGGCGCACUCUUCUGCAUGGAGGGGCAAAGUAUAGAGCAACUGGCCGUGGUUUUGUUGUUCGCCAUGAGAAAUUUGCUGAAAAUUACAGGAUGUACUCUAGAAGUCACUUUGUUAAAGGGAUUGAGCUCGCAAUUUUGCUCAUAUGUUAUUGGAUUUAUGGAUCAGCCGCACCAGAUUCAACAACAUUUGGCCUUCUGUCGUGGUCAAUGUGGUUUUUGGUCUGCUCAUUCUUGUUUUCACCUUUCCUUUUCAAUCCAUCAGGGUUUGAAUGGCAGAAGAUAGUUGAGGACUGGGAUGAUUGGCAAAAGUGGAUAAGUAUUCGAGGUGGUAUUGGUGUUCCUUCAAACAAGAGUUGGGAGUCAUGGUGGAAUGAAGAACAGGAACAUCUGCAGAACACUGGGUUUCUGGGGCGGAUAUGUGAGAUUAUUCUUGACCUGCGUUUCUUUGUCUAUCAAUAUGGAAUUGUGUAUCAUCUCAAUGUAGCCAGAGGUGACAAGAGCAUCUUGGUUUAUGCUUUGUCCUGGAUAGUGAUGGUAGCUGUCAUGAUUAUUCUUAAGAUUGUGUCCAUGGGUAGAAAGCAGUUCAGCGCAGACUUCCAGUUGAUGUUUCGUCUUGUCAAAUUGUUUCUGUUCAUGGGAGCCAUUGUUGUUCUAAGUUUAAUGUUUACUCUGCUAAGUCUUACAGUUGGAGACAUAUUUGCGAGCCUCCUAGCCUUUUUGCCAACAGCAUGGGCACUUAUUCAGAUAGCACAAGCAUGCAGACCAUUCGUGAAGGGCAUUGGAAUGUGGGGGUCUGUGAAAGCUUUAGCAAGAGGCUACGAAUACUUGAUGGGAGUAGUUAUUUUUACUCCGGUGGCCAUAUUGGCAUGGUUCCCAUUUGUUUCAGAAUUCCAAACUAGGCUGCUGUUCAACCAAGCAUUCAGCCGAGGGCUUCAAAUCCAGCGCAUUCUGGCCGGCGGCAAGAAGGAUAAGAAGAACUGAUAACCCUUUAGCUCUUUGUUACAAUUGCAGGCACACUAGGACAGACUUUUAUGGAAUAUAUACUUGCAUAUGUACUUUCUGCAUACAUCAGUAUACUAUCAAACUCCUAAAUCUGGCUCUGCAUCUUUAUUAGUGGAUACGUCCGGAUAAAAUAUUUGUAUGUACGGAUAACAAAACUAUAUCCAAAUUCCAUACUACUCAAAUUGUGUUGAACUGCCCUUGA